UAGUUGAGUAUCAUUCGAGAACCGAAGACCAAACAGCAAACAACCAACAAUCACCAUGAAGUUCCUCAUUGUCUUCGUUGCCCUCUUCGCCGUGGCCCUUGCCGCUCCUGCCGAUGAUGUGACCGUCCUCCGCCAGGUUUCCGAAGUCGGACCCGAGAGCUUCAGCAACGCCUACGAGACCAGUGAUGGAACAUCCGUCCAGUCCGAGGGACAGCUGAAGAACAUUGGAGCCGAGAACGAAGGCAUCGUCUCCAGUGGCUCGUACAAGUUUGUGGCCGAUGAUGGACAGACCUACACCGUCAACUGGGUUGCCGAUGAGAACGGUUUCCAGCCCUCCGGCGCUCAUCUGCCAGUUGCUUAAGUUAAUCCACAGAAGUCAACUUUGAUUCAAUCCCCUGUUAAAAUCCCCAAAAAAUAUCCCAAAAGCGAUCUAGUCUUCUCGAUCCAGUUCGAAAGGAUGAAAGUCCAAGUCAAUUGUUGAAUUUAAAAAAAAAAAUAAUGAGUACCUAACAUAUGAUUAUAUUCAAUUUCAAUGUACAACAAGGUUGGUGGAGGGAUCGACUCAGAACAACUAAGCAUAAGGCACUCCUUCAGGCUCUCAGCCCAUUGCAGCCUCUUCCAAGCGGAAGUUGUUGCAAUAUGGGAAGCUCUGAACAGCCUUCAAGCAGUUACCUUCGUGGCAAAUCGAAAUAACAUAUAAAGCGACAGCCAA